UGUGCCCCUUUCGAGAAAUGGCCUCCCAAAAUAGCCUUGCCAAUGGCUGCUUUGCCGCCCUGGAAGAAAGUUCUGUACCUGAAGCAGCCUUACGAAGACAACUAUGUGGAUGAAUCCUUUCUGGACUCCUUGGUACUCAACGCAAACGUGCAGCGCUAUGAGUUUUGGUCACUAUGCUCGGGGACGCUAGCCAUUCUUUGGCAGCUCAGUUUGGUAGUUGUGUUUGUAAGCGUGUGGUGGAGAGUUCAGCAGCUGACAUGGAACCUCAACUGGCUUCUUGCACUCGAUGGAUUGCUUUUCGGCUGCUUUGUUUGUGGCUGGAGGAGGGACAAAGCAGAGGCGAACACAGUGAACAAGAUUGGUGCUGCAGAGCCUGCCCUCUGGGAUGUGCUCAAUGCCUGCAAGAUUGUUUUUCCGCUGUGGGUCCUGGCUCCACUGCUUCAGACUCUGACUCGAAGCUGGAGCGAUGAUACCAUCGCAGUCAUCGCUAGCGCUCUCCUUUUCCUACAUGUUGCGUCGUACCGCUAUCAGGACGUGGCAGAUCAUCACGGCAUACCGGCGUCCAAGCGUGUGUCGCCCGCCCACUCAUUGCCUGGUGGACCGACAGCCCUCAAUGCAGCGGUUCUGGCUGCCACCAUCCUGGCUUCGCGUUUGCAGACUGCGGAGGAGGUCUUCGCUUUCAUGAGCUUCGCCAUGGAGGUCUUCGCACUGCCUCGGGCACGGUUUCCAGCCCAGGAGUAUUGGAUUAGUCUUGCAGUAGCAGGUCGCACGCACAGAGGAGGCGCUGGUGGCGCUAUACCUUUGCGCCAUCGUCAUGCUGGGGUUUGGCUUGGCAGCAGCAGCCUUUGUGUUGGUCUCUGGUGUGAUUACCUUUCUCAGUCCAGCUCUGUUUAUGUGGGCUCAGAGGUACAAAGCUGAAAUCCAGGGACCCUGGGACAUCGCUCAUGUCAAUCCCAGUACCAGACAACCUGGUCAAGAAAGCUGCCAGUGAAUUGCUACUCACGGCUGAACACCAGCCAUAAAUGAAUUGAAGAGUGUGAAAGUGUC